UAUAAACUUACACCGCCAAAUAUACUCGUCCUAGUUGCAUCGCAAGAAAAAAAUGUAUAUCGAAAGGAUUUCAGUCGUUUUGAUAGUGACAAUAACUGUUUUGAAUACGGUUCACUGUACGCCCACAUGGAACACUGUUACGAUUGCGCCUAGACCCAAGUCGUCGAUUUCGACUUUGCCCGCCUCGAGUGAACACGUGGCGCUGAGUGAAGAAUUGUUGGACGUCCUAAAAAAAUACCAUCCAUCGUUACCGGGCACGGGUUCGCAAACACCGGUAACAGGGACCACAUCGAUGUCGCCACCUUUGGUUUCAGAUCGGAUUUCGAUUAUGCAUUUUCCAGCGGUGCCCGGUUCAAUCAACGCAGAUCAAUCGUCUCAAUUGUCGUCCAAUCCUGUCGCCACUCCAAAUCCAAUAGUCCCGGAUCUGCUACACCAGCGACCUACAGACCUACAGAUGUCCGAACGUGGUUACAACCAAAUGGUCGAACCUCCGUUAUCGCACGCGCUUCUGCAAUCGAAAGGACCCGCCGGAAACCCGCUUCCGGUUUCCAUAUUACCGACGAUCUCAGAUUCACAAUCAUCACCCACCCUUGUGCCACCAGCAUCGUCUCAUUCUCCUGACCCAGCCCUGCUGAAAGAACCCAUCAGUGUCAGUUUGCCAUCCAAGUUUAAUCAAGAGCUGACAAACCUAUUGACCGAUUUACGGAUGACCCCCGUUACACUUCAAGAACCGGGUAAAAAUCAAAUCCUUGCACCCGGUCAGACUACUCAUUCUACGGAAACUCUUCAACUCCUCUCUUCCGGAUCAUCUACCUCGUUGCAGCCCUCUAAAAUCCCGCGACCUAUUCUCGGGCUGAAUCAAACACCGUUAGACUAUUUAUUAAGUUCGUCAUCCCCGAUGCAACAAUUCAAUUAUACAAAUCGUCAACCGUCACCAACCGUUAAACCACGUCCAAACUUAGAGUUUGUAAAAUAUUUGCUGACUCUACCUCGAUAUCAACAAGCUUUAAACGAAUUAAUUGCAGCUCAAUCUUCAAUUCAAACGUAAAAUAAACGAAUGUGUUAAACAUAAAUAAUUAUUAUGUACAAUAAUUAUAAUAUUAUUUAAUCAUUGUAAAUUAUCUUAUUUAUUUAUUUAAUAGUUAAUAGUCCAACUCUAUGCAGGCUAUCUUUGAACCUACGUAUUUUUUUUC